UCCUUAUCAGUUAUAAAUGUACUGAAUUAAUAAGGAAAACAUAUCUCUUUCUGUCCAAUACUACCUUUUGAAUUAAAAAUAUAAAUACAAGACUCAAGAGGAAAAAAUGGCUCCUCGUAAGAAUAAAGUAGCUAAAGAAGAAGUUCAAGUAUCCCUUGGACCACAAGUACGUGAGGGUGAAGUUGUUUUCGGAGUUGCACACAUCUAUGCAAGUUUCAACGACACUUUCGUUCAUGUUACGGAUUUAUCUGGAAAGGAAACUAUUUCCCGUGUCACAGGAGGCAUGAAAGUGAAAGCCGAUCGUGAUGAAGCUUCUCCUUAUGCUGCUAUGUUAGCUGCUCAAGAUGUUGCUGAGAAGUGUAAAACACUCGGAAUCACAGCUCUUCACAUUAAGUUGCGAGCAACUGGUGGUAAUCGCACUAAGACACCUGGACCAGGAGCUCAAUCAGCAUUACGAGCUUUAGCUCGUUCAAACAUGAAAAUUGGCCGCAUUGAGGAUGUCACACCAAUUCCAUCAGAUUGCACACGUAGAAAGGGAGGUCGCCGUGGUCGUCGUUUGUAAAAUGCUUCAACAAAAUAUAUUUUGAAGCUCUACAUUUACUUUUAACAUUCUGGUGUUUGUUAAUCAUCUUUAACACAAAAAUAAAGGAAGUGUAGAUCUACUGAUAAAAGUGCUUCAAAUUGUACAUUUAA